CUGUUACAUUCAUUUAUGCUUCCUCUCUACCUACUUUUUAUGUCGCUGUUUUAAGUUCAUAAAGUGAAAUGUUGUUGAUAGUUAAUUUUUUUGAAUGUUAGAAAAGCACAUGGUUUAACAUCAGGAAGAAAGAUAAUUUAAAUUAUCUGACAGUUUUAUGACUUAGUACGUGUAAAAAUGUGUUAAUAUUGUCUUGUAAUAAUGCCUGGAAAUUCUAAUGCUCAACUUCCAACUGCACCUAAAAGCUCUUUGGUUCGCUCGAAGAGCUUGCGAUUGACUACCUCGCGACCUAAACUGGAGCAGUCUGGCACAAGUACUUUAACGAGACAUGGUAGCAUUAGAGGCCCAAAGACUCAAAAUCCUGCAUUGUCUUCUUCCAAGCCCUCACUUUCAGUUUUCAAAAAGCCAGCAUUAAAACCGAAACCAUCUUUUAGUAGUUCUAAAAGCAAUGACCAGAUAGAAAACUCUGCAAAAACACAUUCAAAUGCUGAGGGUGACUCUCGGAAAACCAACAUCAAUUCUCCGAUCAAACACUCUGAUGGUAAAGGUAUUCCAUCGUCAGAUUCUCAUUUAACUCCAUCUGAAUCGCCAACUAGCUUACAUAGUGAUAAAAGUCAUUCUCAAGAUGGAAGUUCUUGGUGCAACUCUGAUCUUGUGUCUCAUUUGAAGAGGCUAACUGAAGAACAUGAGAAACUUCAAGUUGAAUAUGCAAGACAAAGAAUCCAAUUACUUGAAAAUGUCAGUGUACAGCCUGUUUCGAAUUUGAGGCGUGAUCAACAACAUUUAUCACAGUCAGAUUCCCAUUUAGCUUCUAUUCCUGAAAAUUCUGCUGAUGCGGAGAAUGGACAUCAGUCUCAGACAGAAACACUUGAAGCCGCUGUUCAAAAUUUUAAAAGUGAAGUUAUUCGUCUUCAAGAGGAUAAUCGCAAAUUGCAGAGGAAAUAUUGGGAUCAGAUUCUCAAUUCUGAGCUUGUCAUGGAUGAAUCUUGUAAUGGAGCAUCCCUGGAGAUUGUAAAUCUUAUUGACAAAUUAGAUGAAAGAGAAAAAGAACUGCAUGAAGCCACAGGAAAAGUACAAGAAUUGGAAAAUCAUUUGGCUGGUUCCAAUUUAGAACUUCAACAGUGUCAAGAUGCUCUUUCAGAUCAACAACGAAUGUUGGAAGAUGCGAAUGUUCAACGAGAAGAAUAUGGAAAACAUCUGAGGGAAUUGAGAUCUGCAUUGCUGGAGGCUAAAGACCACAUUGACUUUUUACAAAUUGAAAGAUCUACGUCGGCUGAAGCCUAUCAGGAAACAGAACAAUCUUUAUUAGCCACUAAAGCAGAAUUAAGUAAUGAAAAAAGUAAGAAUAUUGAUAUGAUGGACAGAACAAGGAAGCUGUAUGCCAAAAUAAAAGAUUAUGCAUUGCAAGUUCAACUACUUAGAGCAGAAUUAGAUCGCACACAAGGAAGUUGCCGUGAUAUGCUUCUGAGCCAAGGAGCUGAGCUCACUAUGAUAUCUAUGCAUUUAUCACAGAUUUCUAUGAAUGCACAUACCAUGCUAACUGCUGCUGCAGAUUUUGCAGCUACUGAAUUGUCUCUACAGAAAGAGAUGUUAGAAGAAAUAAUGGCCGAUUUGGAUAGCGAAAGUGACAAUAGUUUUUCUCAAUCAGAGCAAAAUGGAAUUUUAAAAUCUGAUUCACAUAUUUCAAAUUUGGCUGCAUCAUCUCAGGACAACAUUAAACCAGAAGAUAAAGUUCUUGAUAUUCAUAAAUCCUUGCCAGAUAUAUUUUGUAGUGAGCCUAUUAAACCAUUGCACUCUCCUGCUGCAAGCGAAAAUGAACGCCCAGUUUCUCUUGUACAGUCUAUGGUUAGGGCUUAUGAACAAACAGCCAAAAAUGAUGCAAAGCUACCUAAACAAAACAUGUCUAAAUCUUUUUCGGAACAAAAUUCUGAUUCUGCCAAGAGUUCGAUAGAAAAUUUAAGUAGCAUAAAUGGAGAUUUCAGUCAUAUAAGCUCAAUAAGUAAAGAUUCCUCACCAGUAGCAAGUAGUGCAUUCAAACCUAUUGGGAUGGCUACUGCAUUCCGUCCUGUAAGGCAACGUAGUUUAGAAUCUGAAAUUUCUCCCAUAGAGAAUAUUAAUUUUGAAGAGGAGAAAAAAACAUCUGUUGAAACUCAGCUAAACCAAAUGAACAGUUUGAUUAAAAAAGUUGGAAAAGUUAUUGAACUGACACAAGAGAAAUUUUUAUUGAGAAUGAAAACUUUAAUUGAAGAAAAGAACAGUAUCCAAGAUGAGUUACGCUCUUGUAAAAACAAGCAGUAUCAGAUGCAAGCAGAUUUAAAUAAUAAAGAUAUUUUGAUUGAAAGAUCAAAUGAAAAAUUCAAGCAGCUGUCAUCAGAUCUGAAAAAGAAUGAAGCUGAAUAUGAGGAAGAAAAAGAGAAUUUACUUUCGAAAAAUACAACUUUGACUGAAGAGAUAAGAUGUUUAGAGGCUGUAAAUACGGAACUCAAUCAACAACUGACAUUAAAACUUGAAAAAAGUUUUUCUGAGUCUAAUCAUGGUUUCCGAACAAAUGCGGAAGAUAUAUGUGAUAAAUUGACAUUAAAACAAGAAAUUGCAAAGCUGAAAGCCAUAAUAGAACAAAAGGAAAAACUUCUUCAACAGUUAUCACAAAAAUUUAGUCGUACCAAAUUAAUUCAUGAACAGAACUUGAAACAAGCUGAGAAAGAAAUUGAAAUACUAGAUAAUGUUAUUCUCAAAGUUUACACUACUCUUGAAACAAAUUCUGAAUUAGUUGAGAAAAAUGAAGUUCUACAGAAUUUGCGGUCUCUAGUCAGUGGAAAUUGCACACUCCCUAAUGUUUGUCCUUCAGAAGAUAAAAAAUAAAUGUGAAAAAUGUUUUUUUUUUUUCAAUAUU